UAGAUACAUCAACGAAGGCAUGCAGGUGGCUGUGCUGCUGAUCAGGCAGAAAAUCACACUAGGAGAGUUUCGUAGAUAACUGCAGGGCUUCAAGAGUGAAGGGAUAUUUGACAUCAAUAUGCUUUGAUCUGUGUGUUCACUGAAGUUUUUGUCAAAGCAAUGGCCCCUUGGUUAUCACUAAAUAUAGAGUUGAUGACUUCUGUCAUUGCCUGUUCCCACCUGCAUAAUUCUAGUGACGUCAGGGCCUUAUUGAUGUUUGGGGGAUUCCACAGUCACAGAUGUUACAUUAGAAUGGAAGUUUCAAGGAAGAGACUUUUUCUGAAACAUCUGGAGCCGGCAAGACCUUUGCGUCGCCACGCUCAACUGGAUGUUGGGCCACAGCUUCUGCAGACCUGUAUCCCUUAUGCACAGAAUCUGAGGGAACAAGAGACAAAUAUCGAUGUGGAACAAUUCUACAAGAUUGUCAACCUCCAUAGACAGAAACCAGCAAGAAUAUCCUACACAAGGGGAUUUUUAAUUGAUCUAGCCAGCUCCCCCGAGGCCAAGAAGAGGCCAGAACACUUGCCAGAGCAUCCCAUAGUGCUUACUGAGGCGAGAGAUCCUCUGCAGUUAGAACUUGGAGAAGAAGCAAGUUGGAAAAGAGAAAGAAGAGAUAUGUAACGGCGUCACUCAUGGACGAAGCUGCACAGAGCCUUACUGCUGCAAAUAGUGUUUUUGAUGGUUUUGUACAAAGAGUGCCUUGUUGUUUUUUGUUGUGUUGUUUGCUUGAAUUUAUUUAAGAUUUACUUCUGUUUGCAUGCCUAAAAAAACAUUUUUAUUCUUUGUUGUUUUUUGUUGUGUUGUUUGCUUGAAUUUAUUUAAGACUUACUUCUGUUUGCAUGCCUAAAAAAACAUUUUUAUUCUUUGUUUGGUUUUGAAUUUCUGGCUACUGUGUCAGAAGAUUGUGUGUUGUUUUAAAAUGUGCCUUAACCACAGCGCUACAGAUGUAGGAGACUGCUUGUACAAGGGUAAUGAGUAACAUUGUUCAUGCUGAUGGUGGAAAUAUAAAUGACUUGCGUGGUUAUAUUGUAUGUUAGACAUAAUCACAAUGUUUAAUUCAGUCAAAUUAUUAUCUUAAAUUCCAUUAGUUAAAGCUGUUUUUACAUGUAUUUGGAUUGAUGCAAAUGCGUCAAUGCUUCUUUUAUCUAGAACUUGAAUUUUAAGUUGCCUCCAGUGAUGAGUGAUGACUAGCCUGUUAAAGUAAAGCCGUUUUGUUCACAGCUGUGGUAACGGAGCUUUGGAUGAAUGGUUGCUUCACUAAUGAUGAAAUAAUAGAAUGUUGUUCAUAGACGUUAGUCACAUAUUUUCAUUCAGAAAGAAUAAAAAGGUUUAAAUUUCA